CAUGAAUGAACGCAGGUAAUACUAACCGCAACUUAUUUUGCACUCAAUCGUACAUCGGUCGCAUUUGAACGCACAGCUACUUGUGAAUUCUCCACAGUAAAAAGCACAAGAAUGUUUGAAAUCGAAAAAAUCAACACCGCAGUACUGAAUCGUGUUGAGUGUCCAGGAACAGAAAAACAUUACAAAAUUACCCUGCCAGAUGGACUGCUCCCGGAUUGCCUGAAAGAUGGGAAGGCUAGGUACAGUGUGAUGAUCGAAACGUUUCUACCGAUUGCCGAACGCAUCAAAAAGUUCCAAGUGUACGAGGAUGACGUGUGGGUGAUUACCUUUCCCAAGUGUGGCACAACGUGGACCCAGGAAAUGGUUUGGUUGCUGAACAACGGUUUGAACUUCGAACGUGCUAAGAAACAUUCUCUUGAGGAACGAUUUCCCUUUCUGGAAUUGACCGGAGCGUUAAACCUAAUUGGUGGGGAUUCCGUGAGUGACGUCGAAAAUCUUUCCCGCCCGCGGCACAUAAAAUCCCAUCUACCACCAAUGCUACUUCCUGAUCAAGUGUGGACGGUCAAACCGAACAUUAUCUAUGUUUCCCGUAACCCUAAAGAUGCGGCAACCUCCUUCUAUCACCACUAUCGUAACAUCGUUGGCUACGACGGACCUAAGGAGCACUUUUUCGAUGCCUUCCUAAGUGAUAACCUAAUCUACGCGCCGUUUGGCAAUCACGUGCUGGACUACUGGAAGCUGCGCGAUGAACUCAAUGUACUGUUCCUAACGUACGAGCGAAUGAAACGGAACCUACGGGCGGUCAUCGACGAGGUUUCCUUGUUUCUGGGAAAGUCGUACAGUAAACAGGAUGUGGACGCCCUGGAGGAGCAUUUAUCGGUGGAAUCGAUGAGAGCAAACAAAUCAUGCAACAUGGACGCACUCGUAGAAUGGGCCAGGAAGACUAAUUAUAGUGAGGAUAGAAAGCGAAACGAUGCCAAAGAAUUCCGUUUUAUUCGGAACGGAAAUGUCGGGUCCUACAGAGAAGAUAUGAACGAAAAAUACGUUGAGCAAUUUAACGAUUAUGAAAAAAAAAUAACCGCUGACAAUGAUUUUAGUUUUAACAUGUGAAUAUAAAAUAUCGAAUAAAGUUUUUUUUUUCUCU